AUGAAAUACAUGAUAGAUCUUCUGAGAUUAGUUUUUAUAAUUGGAUGCGUUUGCCAUGUAUUUUGUCUUUUUUGGUAUGGCAUAGCUGUUUACGAAAUGAAUUUAGGCAAAAAUAACACUUGGCUUCAUGCUAAAGGACUAGUAGAGGAGGAUAACAUACUAAUCAAAUACAUAUAUUCAUUUUAUUUUCUAUCAGUAACUAUGAGCACUGUCGGUUAUGGCGAUAUUACCCCUCAAAAUCCUGCCGAAAUGACAUUCACAAUCAUAACGAUGUUUGUAACAGGGUUUUUUUGGGCUUAUUCAUUAAAUAGAAUAGGUAAAAUAAUACAAAACUCUGAAAAAGAAGACAAGGCAUACAGAGAAAACAUGCAAAUAAUUCACACUUUUAUGCGUGAAGAAAAUGUUGAUUCUGAUUUGAGAGCUAAAGUAUCAAAUUAUUUGAAGUAUUAUUACAAGGAAUCAAACGAGGUAAAGAAAAACUAAGAAUAAAUAAUUAUAAAUUAACUUUCAGAUUAAUUGAAAAAUGAUUUGAUGAAAAAUGUAAGAGGGAAGUAUUUGAAAGACAUUCCAUUUAUUUCUUAGCUAAAGACUUAAAAUAAACUUAUUUCCAUUAUGAAGGAAAUGCUUUUUUCUCCUGGUGAAUACAUUUUUCACUAAGACGAAGUUAACGAUUGUUCUUUGUUCUUUUUAGUCAAAGGAGAAGUAGAAAUUAUUCAAGAAACUUCGCAAAAAAAGUAGGAAGGAUAGAUUUUAGUCAAAAAAUUACAAAAAUCAAGCUAUUUUGGAGAGAUCGCUUUUAUUACUGGAGGGAGCAGAAGUUCAUCAGCAAGAGCUAUUGAUUUUUGUGUUGUUUAUAAAAUGGAAAGAUUAAAAUUUCUUGAAAUAGUUAAAGAAAGCAAUGAUGAUUAUGAAACAUUUUGCAUGAUAAAAGAAGCUUUGCUCUUCAAAAGCAGCUACAAUCUAAUUCAAUCAAAAUGUUUUUCUUGUGGUGACAAAUCUCAUCUCAUACAAGAAUGCAAUAAAAUUCAUUUUACAGUAUCAAAAAGAUUAAUAGCUGCUAAGGCUUUCAGAUCAGUUGCUAUAAAGCAAAGAUAUCCCAUUUAAAGAAGGAAUAAAAAAUACAGUGCACUUAAUAAUAUCGAUUACUGCUUAAAUGAUGCCUAUAAAAUAUUAAAUGACCAAAUAUUUAGCGAAAGCUUGGAAAGUUCUUAUAUAGAUGAACAGACUAUGGAGCAGCUAUAAAGGUUAAAAACAAAUUAAAAAUAUAGCUUUUUAAGUAAUAAAAAAGUUUAAACUUUCUUAGAGGAUAGAAAGAUUUCUAUUAACACGUCUGAUCUACUAGCCGCGCCAUAGAUUUAAACGAUGUAUUUUGAGUAGAACUAAAAAUAAUAGCAUGAUGAAUCUAGUCAUAAUGACUAAUAUACAGGAUCUUAAGGGGGAAGCAUCUUUAAUUAAUCUGAAAAAGAAAAGCCAUCAAACCACAACUCUUAGUUAAAACAGAAGUCUCCUAUUUCAUCAGAUAAUUUAGAAUCAUUUACUGCUGCUGCUGAUGAAAAUCCUACUAUUUUAUUUAAGAGUUCGCAAGAUAUACAAAAACCACAGCAUCAAUAAGAAAUAUAAUAAAAAUAAUAAUAAUAAUAAGUUGAUUGCGAUCAUAGUGAAUUGUAAAAAAUAAUUGGAUAAAACAAUAAAGUGUUGAAUACAGAUGAUGUAGUUCUUAUCGAUGUGAACUAAUUAAAUGACUCCAAACCUUAAAUAAUUACAUAGAAAUAACAAUCUAAUAUGAAAUAAUAUUCCAAAAAUUUAACUGGAUGCUAAAGCAACAGGCAAGCAAUAAAAAGAAUAACUUUUAAAAAAGACGAAUUACCUAAAAAAAACUCAAUCGCCUCAGAAGAUUUGAUACCAAGCAGUGAAUUAAUUUAGCCUAUUUACGUUUAAAAUUCAAAUUUUGCUAGCAUCAAAAACUUCAAGACAAAUACAAUUGAAGAUUCUGAUAUCUAAGAGACUUCAGACACUGAUACUAAUAAUUUUAAAAUAAAAGCUCAAAGAUAUUUUCAGUAAAUAAAAUGCUAAAAUAUGGUUUAAAAAUAGCAAAAAUGCAGCUUUAGUUAGUAUUAAAAUACAAGCAGCAGUUCUUAAAAGAAAAUACCUCUACCAGACUAAUAUAUAUAAAUUUAAUCGCAAUUUAAUAUCUUAGAAGACUACAGUAGACAAUCAAAUUAGAUUUUAGAAAGCACAGAUAAAUCUAACAAUUAAGAUCAUUUUAGAAAGUAGCUAUUUGAGUAGCAAAUCAGUAAAUAUCCAACUAUCGAUUAGCAAAAAUACAAGCGUCCUGAAAGAAGAAAGAGCACAAUUACCUAAGAAACUAAUUUUUAAAGCUUUUACCCUAAUUAAAAGAAUUUAGAGUAAUUUGUUAUACGUUCUUAAGUAUUUGAAAACCAAUAUUUCGAGCGAAUUCAGUAAAAAUAGCUCAAAUAUUCUCCUGAAAUUUAUGAAUAAAAAUAAUCUAAAAUCUUAGAUUUCAUCCAAUAGUUCGAAUGGGAGUUUUUAGAAAUGCAGCUAUUCGAUAAAAUUAAAAAUUUUUAGUAUUACUAUCCUACAUUUAAUUUUAAUAAUGUCAUUAAAAAAAUCAAAUAGUAGCAGCAACCAAGAAGAACUAUACACUCCAAAAGGAAAAUCCGUGCUUGUCUUAUCAACGGACAAAGAAGAAAGCCAAUCUUUGACAAAAAUGGCCUAGGAAACUAAAAUAUUUUUUAAAAUAACUGA